AUGGCCGGUGACCAGCCGCCUCCCCCAGUUUCCACCAAAUUUUCUCACCCGCACCGCCCCCCUCGACCCCACCGUCGCCGACCCCCCCAAUUACCCCUCCGCCCCCAGCCCCCCGCCGACCGCCCUUACGUCCCUCCCUUCCGACGAGCGAGGCUCAAAGCCUCGCAUUUUCCCCGGAAAGACAUGGCCCCCGGUUCCGAGCCGCGCCAACGCGACGACUGGAAUCGUCUUGUCAAAACCAUUCAUGGAGAUAUUAACAGAGUCAGCGAAGACAACAUCUCCGAAAUCGCAAAGUCCUUGCUUCGUGUAAAUAUCUUCCGCGCUAGAGGCAUCCUCUGCAAAACCUUACUCCGCGUCCAACUCGGGUCCCCACCGCUAGCCCCCAUCUUGGCAAGUUUGAUUUCCGUCCUGAACACCCGCGUCCCAGCCGUCAUCGACCUCCUAGUUUCCCGCCUCAUCGCACAGCUGGGCAAUGCCUACGACGUCCAAGACCGCUCCCUUUGCUUUGCCACGGCCAAGUUCAUGGCCGCCCUGUGCAAUCACCAAGUCAUUUCAGAUCUUCCCGUCUUCGAGUUUCUCCGCGUAUGUCUGCUGGACCGUACGGAUGGCUCUGUCGAGCUCGCGGUUAGUAUGCUGGACGAGUGCGCCCCGUUUCUAUCGGACCGCAGCCCAAAGCUAUCCGAGGACGGUUUCGAUCGCUUGCGCGAGGUUUUACAUGACGGCGAUGUCAGCACACGCACACAGGAGAUGAUUCGCAGGCUCAUGACCAGGCGCAGAAAGAAUUUUGCAGGCCAAGAUACCCUUGACCCGAGAUUCGACUUGGUCCAUGAAGCCGACAUUAUUACACAUGACGUCUCUCUGAACGACGACACUCGCUUGGAACUGCAAUGCGACGCAUUCCUUUUUGACAAGGUCUACGUCGAAAAUGAACGCCAAUACGAGGAAAUCAAGAGAGAUAUCUUAGGCGUAGAAGCCGACCGAAGUUUGAGCCGGCCCUCCGAUGAUAACAGCUCCUUCACAAAUGAAAAGGGUGAUGUUGUGGAAGAGGAAUUGGGCAAAUCCAAGGGCGUCGAGAAAACGACGGAUAUGACGGAUGCCGCGUUAAGGGAAUUCCGCCGCACCGUGUAUUUGGUCCUCACUUCAGGGAUCACGUCAGAAGAAUGGGCUCACAAACUUGUUCGUCUCAUGAGGGAUAAUCAGGGGAGAAAGCGAGAUCUUUGCGAAAUGAUCGUCGAGUACUGCAGUCGAGAAAAGACUUUUUCUCGUUCAAUAGGGCUCUUGGGAGAACGUCUUUGUAGUUUAGAGAGGAGUUAUGUUUCAGGUUUCGAAUGGACGUUUGCCAAGCAUUACGCCGGGAUUCAUCGCCACGGUGAACGGGAAAUAAGACUCAUGGCAACUUUUUAUGGCUUUAUGCUCGCAUCCAAUGCCUUGCCGUGGAAUGUCUUUGGGGUCGUUCGUCUCGUUGCUGCCGAGACAACUACGUCGAGUCGCGUUUUCCUGAAGCACCUCUUUCAAGAGAUAUACUACACUUUGUCCUCGAGUCAAAUGAUGGAGCUCUUCAAGUCACCAGAACGUGCCGAAAGUUUAAAGGGCCUUUUCCCGUCAGAUACUGUUGCGAACGCACAGUACGCAAUCAACUUUUUUGCGAAUAUAGGAAUGGGAUUCCUAACAAGAGAUCUUCGAGAGUGGCUCAAGAACAAUCCGCGUGAUAGCGCUGCCCUCGCACAUGAUGGCAGUGAUUCAGAGGAUGGUAAUACUUCCGAAUCUUCAUUGGUAUCAUCAUCGUCUUCAUCCGUUCUCACUUCGGACGCAGAGGAUCUAGCGAACGACAAGCCCCUUGCAAGUGGCAGCAACAGCUUUCGGUCACAUGAUGAACACCCGUCAGAAUCAGGCCCGAGCUGCGAUGGGCAGAGGAAAAGGACACGAUAUGAAGAUGGAGCCCUGGAAGAGGAAGCGAGAAAGAAAGAUCGUUUUUACGAAAACGGCUCCAUCGGCAGUGGUCGAGAGGAUGGGGAAGCAUCGCGGUUUCGGAGGCGUUCUCCUGAGGCUGACGAUUCCGAACCGUCGUGGAAAACGAGCGCGGGACGUGAUCGCGAAAAGGAGAGGUCAGCACGGCGCCGGAGGGAGCGUGAGUAUUCACCUGACGAAGACUCCUACUCCUCAAGUCGGUAUCGGCAGAGGCAGGACUACAAGCGACGAAGAGCGGAGAAUCAGUAUGAUUAUCAUCAGUAUGCACGAUCGAGGUCUCCUACGCGUUACUCACACCGCAGGUUUUCCAGGGAGCGGCGCACAGCAGAGCCGCGUUAUUAA